AAUAUUGAAACAAUUUAGAGACACUUUUUUAGAUCUAAACACUGUUAGAUAAUUGUUUUCGUUAUAUUUUUAAUGCAUAUUUUCAUUUACAAAAAAAUUGUUAUCGUUGUUUUUUGUGUUUUUUUUUUAAUAAAUUAUCAACAUUUUCUAAAUGAUGACUACUAGCAAUAAUACCGUCAGAAACAAUAUGGUCGAAGGUCAACAACAACAGCAGCAGCAACAACAGAAUGGUGCUAGUGGGGCUGGUGGCGCUACUGCUAAUAAUCCGCAAAAUACUAAUAACAAUAACAACAAUAAUAAUAAUAGCAACAAUAAUAAUGACAACGAACCGAAAACCAAUUUGAUUGUAAAUUAUUUGCCGCAGACCAUGUCCCAGGAGGAUAUCAGAGCAUUGUUUGUUAGCUUUGGUGAAGUGGAAUCUUGUAAAUUGAUACGAGAUAAAGUAACAGGUCAAAGUCUUGGUUACGGUUUUGUUAAUUACGUCAAACAGGAAGAUGCCGAAAAGGCUAUUAGUUCAUUGAAUGGUCUACGUUUACAAAAUAAAACAAUUAAAGUAUCCAUUGCCCGUCCUAGCUCCGAAUCUAUAAAAGGAGCUAAUUUGUACGUAUCUGGUCUUCCCAAGAACAUGACACAACCGGAUUUGGAGGGUUUGUUCAGUCCAUAUGGCAAAAUUAUUACCUCACGAAUUUUAUCUGACAAUAUAACCGGUUCUGGGCCCCAUGAUCAGGGUCUCUCAAAAGGCGUGGGCUUUAUACGUUUUGAUCAACGUCAUGAGGCUGACCAGGCUAUUAAAGCGUUAAACGGUACUAUUCCAAAAAAUGCAGCUGAACCAAUCGUAGUAAAGUUCGCGAACAAUCCAAGUAAUAAUAAAGCCUUUCAACCUCUAGCCGCUUAUUUGGCUCCUCAAAAUGCUCGGGCUGCUGCCAGAGGUUUUCCUACUGGUGCAGCCGGCGCAGCGGCAGCGGCAGCGGCAGCUGCUAUACAUCCUUCAGCUGCUGGCAGAUACAGUUCUGUCAUUUCGCGUUAUUCGCCGCUUACAGGCGAUCUUUUGGCUAACACAAUGUUGCCUGCGAAUCCUAUUAACGGUUCGGGUUGGUGUAUUUUCGUUUAUAACUUGGCUCAAGAAACUGAAGAGAAUGUUCUUUGGCAAUUAUUUGGCCCUUUUGGUGCAGUACAGUCGGUUAAGGUCAUACGUGAUUUGCAAACUAAUAAAUGCAAGGGAUUUGGUUUUGUGACCAUGACUAAUUACGAAGAGGCCGUUGUAGCUAUACAGUCCUUAAAUGGAUAUACGUUGGGCAAUCGUGUCUUACAGGUCAGUUUCAAGACCAACAAGACUAAACAAACGUAAUUAUUAACGAAAUUGACUGCUGCUGU